AUGUUCAAGACUAAAAUGAUAGAAAAUGAAUAAGAUUUUAUUUCUUCAUGUAAACAUCAAUAGGCAAUAUGCAUGGUUGUAUUUGAUCCAAAUUUGAACAAAAAUUAGAGACUAUUAUGUCCAAUAUGCUUAGCUGAAUUUGAAUCUGAUAAAAAAAUGAUAGGAAUAGCUAAAGUCAUGCAAAUGAUUUAAGAAAAUUAAAAUCAGAAACUAAUAAGAGUUGAAAACACUUUACAUUCUAAUAUUAACUUAGUGAAAUAAUUGUAAGAUAAUUUAAUCAAACUUCAAACUUUUACUCAUGAAAAACUAUAGAUGAUAGUUGUCAAUUUAGAGAAAUGGUUAUAAACUUUAUCAUCAUUAGGUUAAAAAUAUUAAUCUUAUAGUUUUUUUAAUGAACUAGAUAAUCUAAUAUAAAAUGAAGGAUAAUCUUAAACAGAAGAGUCCAAUAUUAUUCCAGAUAUUAGAGUCUUCUAUGAAUCAUAUUUUAAAAAAAUUGUCUAAAAUCUAAAAUUCUUCGAAUAAUUUGAAUAUUUUUAAUAAUGUUCAGAAAUUCUAUUAAAAAUUUCAGAUAUAUUUGAACAAUAAGGCAUUAGAAAUGUAAAACAGUUAAUAUAAUUCUAGGCAAUUGAACUACUUCAAUAAACAAGUAGCAUAAAUUUGAAUGCAAUUAAAUAGGUUGAGUUAAAUGAUAAUAAUAAAGAGAUAAAUGAAUCAAUAGAAAAAUUAUCCAAAAAAUUUGAAAUAAUACUAAAAAAUUAAAAAGAAUUACAUAAGGAUAAACAAGAAUUAUAAAAGCAUCUGAUGGAAUUAAUGCAUAAUCAAAAUUCAUUAAAAUUUAAUCUAGAAUAAUUACAAAAAAGUGAAAAGUAAUUAUUAGAUAGUCAAAAAGAAUUACAACAUAUUCAAUUACUAAAUAAGUACAGAAACUUAAUAAAUGAUAAGAAAGAAUUACAAAAUGAUUAUAAAUAUUUAUUUUAGAAACAUGAUGAUAUAAUUAAAAGCAAAAGAGACAUACAAAGUAGUAAUCGAGAUUUAAUAGUAUAAUUUGCAUAAGCAAAGACUCUCGAUAUUGAUUUAAAAUAGAUCACUGAUUAAUUAUCAAAAAAACAAAAAGAAAUACAAAAAAUUGAAUCAGAAAUAUCUAAGAUCUAAAGAGAAAUUUAGUUAAAUAAUAAAUAAUUCAACAAUCCUUAAAAAGAAUUACCAAUAGAUCCUUUUUAGUUAUAAAUGGAUCAUUAUACUUUACAAUUAAAUGAGUUAAAAAAAAAUCUUAAUUAAUUACUUGAUAAUCAAAAGUAAUUACUAGAUAAUAAAGAUUAACUAAUAGUUAAGUCUAGAUAAGUACAAGAUCAUGGCAAUAAUAUAUUUCAAGAGCUAAAUCAAAUCGAUGAAGAGGUGCUCAGUUUGAUACAAAAAUUAAUUUAAUUAACAAUUAAUAAGCCUAAUGAAACUUCAUGA